GGGAGCUAGAAACUGAAAGUGAAAUGAAGCUCUACAGAGAAGACAAUGCCUAGAGUCCCAUGGUUUAUAUUUAUUUUUCAUGCUUUAAUUUCAGGCCAAUAUUCAGACAGUUCAGUGGGGAGCUAGAAACUGAAAGUGAAAUGAAGCUCUACAGAGAAGACAGUGCCAAGAGUCCCAUGGUUUAUAUAUAUAUUUCAUGCUUUAAUUUCAGGCCAAUAUUCAGACAGUUCAACGGGGAGCUAGAAACUGAAAGUGAAAUGAAGCUCUAUAGACAAGACAGCGCCAAGAGUCCUAUGGUUUAUAUAUAUAUUUCAUGCUUUAAUUUCAGGCCAAUAUUCAGACAGUUUAGUGGGGAGCUAGAAACUGAAAGUGAAAUGAAGCUCUAUAGACAAGACAGCACCAAGAUAGAGGAAAGUGAGAUUAUAAAACAACUCCAAGAUUACAGAA